CGAACUCGGAGCCGAACUCGUCCCUAAGAGCGGCUUUACUUUGCUCCAUUUUAAACUUAAAUGUCCCCCCGGUGUUCGGGAACCAGAUGUUGGAGCUGUACCGGGUCCAGACGGCCCUGCUGAGGCGGAACAGGGUCCGGGAGAUGGUGGACCGGGACCGGCGGCGUCGCCACUAUCUGCGGCGGCGAAGGGCUUUCCUGCUGUCCUCCAUCGCCGCCAUUCUGAGCCUCAUCACGUCCACCAACAGGCCCAUAUGGGUCCGGAACCGAAGCGCCGGCCAGAACUUCUGGCGGUCGGCCGAGUCGUUCGACGACGAGGAGUGGAAAGCGCAGUUUCGCGUGUCACGAGCGACGUUCGACUACCUGGUCGAACAGGUCGGCGCGGCCAUCAAACGUCGCCGGACGAACUACCGGCGCCCCAUCGAGCCGCGCCGCAGACUGGCCAUCACGCUGUGGUGGUUCGCCCGGUCCGGGGAGUAUCGCUCCAUCGCCAGCUUGUUCGGGGUGGGGAUCGCGACCGUGUGCGUGAUUGUGCGUCAGGUCACUUCGGCCAUAGUGGACCGGCUGUACGAGCGGUUCGUGUCGCUGCCGAGCGGACCUCGGCUGGACGAAACCAUCAAAGCCUUCAGGGACCGCUGCUACCCGCAGUGUGCGGGGGCCAUCGGCGGGACCCACAUCCCCAUAGCUGCUCCCAGGAACAACCCGGAGCACUACAUCAACAAGAGGGGGUGGCACUCCGUGAUCCUGCAGGCCGUGGUGGACCACAACAUGUGUUUCACGGAUGUGUACGCCGGCUGGCCUGGAAGUACCAGCAGUGCCAUUGUGCUGGCCAGCUCAGACCUGUACCUGAGAGCAGAGGACCGCCCAGACGGUUACCUGUUCCCCAGAGAGCUGAAGUUUCUCUCGCAGAAAUCUGUCAUGUGCGACGGCGUUGAAAUCCCCGUGCAUCUCAUCGGUGGUGCGUCGUUCCCUCUGAAGCCAUGGCUGAUGAAAGGAUACAGCCUGGAGCACCGGCUGUCUCCUAAACAGCGCCGCUUCACCUACACCCUCUCCUCGGCUCGGUCCGUGGUCGACUCCGCUUUCACGCGCCUGAAAGGACGCUGGAGAUGCCUGCAGAAGAAGAGCGACAUCGACGUCUUGAUGAUGCCCAGAGUCGUCGCUGCGUGCUGCGUUCUGCACAACAUCUGCGAGAACCGGGGGGACCGGUUCCUCCCCGAGUGGAACGCCGACUCGGCUCCUUCUGCGAAUGCUUUGAGGCAGCCUGAAACAGAACCGUACGAUGGAGACACGUACUGCACGGCUGAGGUCAUCAGAGACACUAUUACCUAUAACCUGUUGACUAUACUGCAGCACUGAACCUGCGGGGAGGCGGGGCUUCUCUCCUGACUCCCGCAGGCGUCUGUAGGAGUGUAAACAGUUUGAUUUUGUCAGUUACAGCUUCAGGUUCCUUCUGGACUGGAGGAGGGCUGAUGAACGUGUGACUGAUUUGUGUGAUCUUGACCAACAGAGGCUCGGAGUCUAAUGGCCCUUUCACGCCUGAAGGGCCGCACCAAACUUUGUUUUUAUACAUUAGUUUUAGUUAGUUUCACUUUGCAAUCAUGCGAGAACACUAAAGAACUUUUACAUGUCAUCAUCUCUGUGGGCUUCGUCUCCCUGUACUUGACACUGAUUGGUUUGUACACGGCCGUGCGUCUGGCGUCGGCGUGUUGUCAGUUCAGUUUUAGUUUAGCUUUAGAAUGAAUGAACAGAUGCAUCUCGCUGCCAGUGCGUUGUUGUUAUGGCGUUAUUACCUGCAGCACAGACUGCACUCGAGGUUAGUUCAAAUUCGCCAAAUUGACGUCAUAUUUGUGUGAAUGUUAUAUCGUCGUCGCCGGCAGGAAAGGCGCGUCGGUGCAGUCGUCUGUUUGAACAGAUGAGCUGUCAUGAGGAGAUUUAGAUUCGUGUCCUCUUUUCAUUGGAUUUGUUUGUUUCCGGUUUAAACGGGAACCACUGGAACUUCCUGUAAACAGUCUGAAAGUCUGAACCACCCAAAAAAUGCUUUCACACUAGAAAAAGGAACCGGACCACGGUUUAGUUUGAUCCGGAUUGACUUUUUGUGGACCACGUUUUGUCUGUCUGGUCCGGGCCGUGGACCAGGGGAGGUUUCACACAUGUAAUGAUGUUUCGGAUCAAACUGAGAUGUCCGGACCAAAUGAGGCAGCUGUGAACGCCCCUUAAAUGAAAGUGUCGUCUCGUCAGGAUUUUAGGAGACAAGUUUUCGGUACAAUGUUAUUAAAAUGAUAUAAAACCUUUAAACUUUUUCCAUAAAACCAUGAGAGCAGAACGUGACGACAUCAACAGCUUCAGGUUUAAAGUGGCCAUAACAGAACACUACAUGAUACAGUUUAUAUUGCAUGUUUAUUGUAUAUAAACAUUAAAGUCCCUGUUUGUAGCUGCAUUAUA